GCAGCACAGGAUAACGUCAAAUUCCGACCACACUGACUCCUCAUUCUCGAAGUCAGACCAAGGAUAUUUCUCCAUAUCUCUAAAUUUAGGAUUUUUCUUUUUCUUUUACCCUUCCCACCUCUAUCCGUUUUCUUCUUCCUCGUCUUCUUUUUUUUGCCAUUUUUUCUUGUUUUCCUUCAAAAUUUUACCGUUUUAUGAUUUCGUAAGUCAGUUAUUGGGGUUCUCUUUCUCUCUUCCCUAACCUGAUUCUUCUGUUCUUGAUCUGUCCAUCAUCUGUUGGGUUUAAUAAUCUCCAGAAGUUACAUUAUUAUCAAUAAUAAUAUGAUGUAUGGAGGCACCCAAAGCAAGAUAGACUUGGCAAUUGAAUACCAAGCACAGAUACCCAUAUUGAGGCCAAGCAUUCGUGCAAGACGGGCAAAUAUAACGGUGAAAUUCCAAGAUCUGUAUGGUUUCACAGUGGAAGGCAAUGUCGAUGAUGUCAAUGUGUUGAAUGAGGUGAGAGAGAAGGUGAGGGAACAAGGCAGGGCAUGGUGGGCAUUAGAGGCUAGCAAAGGUGUAAAUUGGUAUUUGCAGACUCGGUCCUCCACAACCCUCAAAUCAUCCCUCAAAUUCUCUGUUUUGGUCAAUGGUAUGACGCUAAAGAAGCUCAUUAGGAAGGGUAUCCCACCAAGCUUGAGGCCUAAGGUCUGGUUUGCCUUAUCCGGAGCUGCCAAGAAGAAGUCCACCGUUCCCGAGAGCUAUUACAAUGACUUGACUGGUGCAGUCGAGGAUAAGGUCACCCCGGCCACUAAACAGAUUGAUCAUGACCUGCCGCGAACUUUCCCUGGUCACCCGUGGUUGGACACUCGCGAAGGUCAUGCUGCUCUUAGGCGUGUUCUUGUUGGGUAUUCAUUCCGUGAUUCUGAUGUCGGUUAUUGUCAGGGUUUAAAUUAUGUUGCGGCAUUGUUAUUGCUAGUGAUGAAAACAGAAGAAGAUGCUUUCUGGAUGCUUGCUGUUCUCUUAGAAGAUGUGCUAGUUAAUGAUUGUUAUACAAAUAACUUAUCUGGAUGCCAUGUUGAACAAAGAGUGUUUAAAGAUCAGCUGACCAAAAAGUGUCCAAGAUGCAGGAUAGCUGCUCAUUUGGAAGCUAUGGAGUUUGAUGUUUCUCUUGUUUGCACGGAGUGGUUUUUAUGUCUAUUCUCUAAAAGCUUGCCAUCAGAGACAACCCUUCGGGUAUGGGAUGUUCUUUUCUAUGAAGGGGCCAAGGUUCUGUUUAACGUAGCAUUAGCAAUUUUCAAGAUGAAUGAAGAAGAGUUGCUUACGGCACAUCAUGUUGGUGAUGUGAUUAAUAUUAUACAGAGAACCACUCAUCAUCUUUUUGAUCCUGAUGAAUUAUUAACGGUUGCCUUCGAUAAAAUUGGGUUUAUGACAACUACGACGAUAUCAAAGGAAAGGAAGAAGCAGGAACCAGCAGUUCUGGCAGAGCUUGAUCAGAGAUUAAGACGGCUAAAUUCCUUAAAUGAGGAUGACAAAUAACAUGUUCGACUUUGAUGGCAUUUGUUGCUUCAAAUUUGUAAUCUGUGUAAGUAUUAGUUGGCGAACGUGUAUUUCUCGACCUGUUUAGGAAACUUUCUGAAUUCUGUAAGGAUUCAGUUGCAUUAUAAGUCGAUCGUCUUGAUCUUGUUCAUUCAUUUUCGAGGUU